AUGAGGCUUGAAAAGCUUGAACUAUGUGAAGCAAAAAACCAGUUUCCAAAAACUGGUCUUCCAAUAAAUCGCUUAAAUAACAGAGUUAUGAAUCUGGAUAGCUUAGUUGUUCAGAAAUGGUAUAUUACCUUAAAAGAGCUUACCAUAGAUGAUAUAAAAACUGAAUGCAAUAAGAACAAAAAGGCUAUUAAUGAAAUGAAAGAUAGUGAUUUGAAAAAAUUUCUUGAGGAGUCUCAUAUCGUGACUGUCAUUUUCACAUCGCGACCAUUCAAAGGGAAUUCUGAAGAUCUACCAGAUAACUGCCUGAUUAUUUCAAAGGAGAACUUUAAUCAGUAUUUUGGGCCCUUAUUUGCCUCACGAUUGACAUUCAAUAUUAUAAACGAUCUCAAUAUCAACUCCGCAGAGCUAAAACGAAUUUCUGAGAUGAUUAAAGGGGUUGGAGACAUCUUAUCUAAGGUUAUACAUGAGAAUCGAUCAUACAAAAGUGCAACCGAAGUUAUUGAAAAGAAUCCAACUUAUAGAAGCUACCUUGAGAAAGUUAGAACACAGCUAGAAGAUUGCUCAUAUGCUCCAUACUCAUUUCUGGAUAAUGAGAAUGAUUCAAUGAUAUUAAAUGAAUAUGAUUCAUACUUAAACGAUAAUGACAUAGAAAUGGAUAUUGACUUGUAA